AAUAGCAGUCCGUUUUCCUCUUGCAAUGCUCCUAGUAAAUAUCUAGUUCUACAUACCAAAACAGGCAAUUUAAGAUACCGGCGUAUUAAACUAUUUUAUAAUCUGAGUGUUUAUUUAAGUUAUUUCGGGGUUUGUAAAUUGUAAGAGGACUUUUUUUUUCGUGGAGAAGAACAAUCGCAGUUUGCAGGGUGGAAGAUAGACAAGCUCACAUUUGCAAUAGCAACAUUACAAUUUGCAUCUGCACACUGCGAGAACGAAAGAGACGCGCUGUGGACUGGAGGAAAACAACAAAAAGGAAAACGCGAUUUUCGGUUGUUUUUCAGAAAGUGGCAGAAGGGGAGGCAAUGAGACUUGUUUUAAAGUAACAGGAGUGGAAGAAUUGUAAAAAUAUGAGGUUGUUUAUUUUUGCACUGGUGAAUUCGAUGGAAGAGUUUGGAUGUUGCUGCUCAUGUUGAAUUUGAUCGAAUCUACAAGUGUUCCAUAUGUUUAUGUUUCGUUAUAUACACUUUGUGCGUUUUUUUUUUUUUUACAGUAACGCAGAUUGAAAUACUUGAAUAAACAAAAACGAUCUUUACUCAUUAUAAUACAAAGAAGAAGAAGAAAAAACACUUUUCUCAAGGGAUUAACGUACACCACGAUUCAAACGGGUUAGAUGUGCUGAUAGUGAACAAGGAUCUAUAGUGUACCGCACACCUUUGUUUUCAUAGUGCGAUAAAGUAGGGGGGACUUACAACAGCGGCUAUUGUAUGUUUAAAAACCUAAACCGCCUCUAAGUUUAAUCAUUCGUAAAAUUGUUGUUUGGACACUUUUGGCAAGGAAACCAUGCGGGAUAACGAGGAUGGGGAAGGGUUUGAUGGCGAGGCCUCCAAUACUUCAAUGAUUUCGGGGGCUAGUAGUCCGUAUCAGCCGACUACCGAGCCGGUCAUUCAAAGACAUGGGCUGGGCGGGAUGAGGUGGGACACGGACUACCUGAAGUCAAACUUUGGCAUCUUAAAAAUCAUACAAGUGGUUUUGGCACUGAUUGCCUUUAUUUGCAUAGAGACCAUCAUGGAGUGCUCUCCUUGUGGAGGGCUGUACUUCUUUGAGUUUGUCAGCUGUAGUGCCUUUGUCAUCACCGGAGUGUUACUGCUGGUCUUCAUUCUCAACCUACACACUAAAGUACCCCAGAUCAACUGGAGCCUCACAGAUCUGGUGAACACUGGAGUCAGUACCUUCUUCUUCUUCCUGGCAUCGAUAAUGCUGGCAGCUCUGAACCACCGGACCGGUGCCGAGGUCACUGCAGUGGUAUUUGGUUUCCUUGUUACUACAGUCUAUGCUUUCAACACAUUCCUGGCUGUGAAGAAAUGGCGGCAAAGCGACCAGCGACCGAGCACAGUGCAGACCAGCGAAUACACGCGCGCCCGGACAGAGUCACGAGGGGAAGUGGAACCCCGUAUAGAGAUCCAGCCUCUCGAGGCCUAAGGGUUAACAACCGCCUUCAGCACCUCACUCCACAGUUCACUGUUGUGUCGGAAGCUAGAACUAAGCCACUCAAUUACCUGCCAAGAACCACAAGUUUCCAUUACGGUCAAACAAAGUGAAAUGUAUGUUUGUUCCGAAGUAAAAACCUGAGAAAAUCAAUCCAGUUUGUUUUGCUUUUGCAUGGCAUUUGUUUCCCCUAAACACUGCGUCUUUGUUUCCCCUAAACACUGCGUAUGUGUCUUUGUGUGCAGUUCACACUGGGGGACCCUUACCUUUAAGAAUUCGGCACAUAUGCUUUUUUUUAUGGCUGUCAUAUUUUAUGACUAAAAUAAAAGCCUUUGCUGAGUCUGUUUUAUAACUCAUGCUAUCAAGAAAGAUGUCUAACCUUAUAUUUUAUUAUAUAUUGGUUUUGUACAUAGAAAUAUCAAGAGUUUUUAUGUGUUAUGCCUAAAUUCAUGGUAGACAAGGUGUUAAUGUAUUGUUGCCUGGAUACUGCGAUCUGUCAAGGUUGCCAGCCACUACUGGACAGUGUUAGGCCUAAACAUGUUUUUAAUUAAGUAAUACAAAUUCUACAGAAGCUGCUGUAGUGACACAGAAAAUGAGGAGAGAUGUCGUAGCUGUAGUGAAAAUGCCCUGAAGGGACCAUCUCACAGUACUUAAUUUCCUUCAUUUGUGUUACUUUUUAAAAUGAAUUUCUAAAUAUGAAGGACUUCUUAGCCGCCUGUUGGUUAGUGAGGAUUUUAAUAACUUAACUCUAGGUUGUAUUUACUUUAGGGUGUCGCCUAUUCCAGUGCAUAUAAAACUGUGUUCCCAAUAUAACAUGUUUUGAGGCAUUAUGUAAUGUAACCCUUUAAACAUUAAGAAAGUGGCUUACUUCAUGUUUUUUUUUUUUUUUUUACAAAAUGGUGACAAUAGUGUUUCACCAGCCUUUACAGAGUUUUAUAAUGACUUUAUAUGAUGGCCUUUACAUUGGUUGUGCUAAUGUUUUUACAUUUAACUUUUCUGGCUUUUGAAGGUUGUUUUGAAGGAUUUGGUUUUUUUUAAAAUGUUUUUUUGCCUUCCCCUGUCAAUCAUAUCUGCAAACAAAUUAUGAUUUUUAACAACUCACUGUCACUGUAGAAAAUAUCGAUAGUGUGUUCUGUGCUAGUGGCUGUAGUUGCUGGAGCGUGAUUGAAAUUGAGUCAGUUUUCCUUGUUUCCCAGUAAUACAGUGUGUGCUUUGGACACAAUGAUUAUUAGUGGCUGUGGUUGCUGGAGUGUGGCUGAAAAUGAGUCAGUUUUCCUUGUUUCCCAGUAAUACAGUGUGUGCUUUGGACACAAUGAGUAUUUGUAUAUAUUGAUUCAGUUAAGGCUGCAGGAACCGGCAGUAAGUUAGUUGCAGUGACUAUGUAUUUAUUGGUCUGUGUAUUCUUAAUCAUUGAAAUUAUUUGAAUGCAAAGUCUGUCUUAAAGGAUUUCAAAAACGUUUCUUGCUUCACGUAGGGUGCCUUGCAUUUUGGUUCUAAGCACUGAGGAUGUUGGUUUCAAGUUCAUGAAUCGAUGUAACCAUGUUUCUAGGUAUUUUGUUGUAGCUCUCUGUUUAUUUAAAACACUAUCUUUUUUUAUCAUCAGUAUUUUAAAUCUAUUUAUUUCUUUUUUUUUUGUUUUUAUUAAAUGAUAUUGCUUUGAAUAUACAACAAACCAACUGCUUUCAGAAGUAGCAUUCCUUGCCUGUGUUGAGCAGUUAUAGUCUUAUUUCUGGGUAAUGUCACUGAUAAAAUAAAGCAGGAAUUCUAAAAGCCAUUUACUCCAAUCCUAUAUAUUUUUUAUGUCAUUAUAUAUCAGUUUUGUGCAUAAAAAUGCCCAGCCAGUUUUUUUUGUUGUUGUUAUACCUAAAUUCAUGGGAGAGAAGGGUUUACAAUAAUGUUAAGCAGUUAUGUGUCAUUGGCCAUUGGUGCUGCAAAACUAGAAGAAGUAUGUUAGAGCCCUUGAAUUAGAGUUGUUUAUUUCAAGUUUUGCAAUGUUAAUAGGUGAUGGACUAAAUACACACACACACACACCAACUGCUUGUAGUUCAUUGAACACUCCUGUAGGAUGUUGCAGCAGUCCCAUUGUGUAUUGAACACAAUGAAUGUAACCUGUUAUAAACCUGCCCACUGAUAUUGCCUGAGUUUUGUUCAACCCUGUACAGGCUACUAGUUUAUACUGGUGCAUUUGAUAAGCUAUCUUUACUAGCUUAUUUGUACUAUGAUGGACGAGGAACCAACCAAGGGCAGCUAUUUGGAAGAAAGUGUGAUUCCAUUCACUACCACAAGGGGGAGUUGUUAGUUGUAUGCAGUGUGUACUGUAUGUAAUAUACAGGUAUGCAUCUAUAUAUGAAAACAUUUUUAUCCUUGGCAUUAAAAUGUAAAACUGUACCAUGUCUGCACACACUCGCACACAGUCUCUGAUCAUCUUUUUUCACUUCAUUCUUGCAUUCAUUCGUUCAAUGAUACUUAAUUCUAUCACCUUUCAGACAGUUUUGUAUGGACAAGCCUACAGUUUGGUAUAAAACAUGUAAAGAUUCAGAAAUAGUUAUUCAAAAGCUUGUUUUAGAAUUUUGAAAAGUUUACAUAAAAAAACUUUCAUUGUGCCUCUUCUUCCAUGUAAUUCUAUUUUUAUAAACAUUCUCACCCUGAUACUGCACCACAUGUUUCUAUGGCAGAGAAUUGUACAUUUCCACAGUGUUUGUUUGCAUUUUUGUUGAGGGUGUAGAGACGUGGAUGUAACAAUGAAGUGAACCUUAAAGAAAAUCUAAAAAAUGUAGUUGGACCAACUUGCCAAAUGGGUUACUUUUCAAGUACAUUUUUUAGUUCUGGUAUAAUGUAGGAAUGCUUCUCUCAUAGUGAAUUUCAGUGGUACUGAACCUUUUCUCUCUCUGAAACAGUGCUGAUGUCUGGAUUUUUGUAUUUGUAGAAGUUUUAAUAAUACAGAUCACUGGUUACAUUUCCUUUGUUGUUUGGGAUGCCUCAUUGUCUUUCAAUAAAUGUAUUCUUGUCCCA